CUUUAUCAAUUGCCGGCAUAGCAGUGCGUUCAGUGAGUUCAGUGCGCUCAUUCUCUUUGAGAUAUUCAGUUCGAGAGGUUGUGUCGCUGCUGCUGUUACAAUCUAUUUAAUAUCUCCAAGCAAAACUCAACAAGUGAAUUUAUAAGUUAAAGUUGUUUGUAUAAAAAAUGGCAUGCACAAAGUUCUUGACGCUCAACAAUGGCGAGAAAAUGCCCGUCAUUGGCAUUGGCACUUGGCAGGCUUCGGAUGAGGAAAUCGAGACUGCAGUAGAUCUGGCCUUGGAGGCGGGCUAUCGUCAUAUCGACACGGCUCCCGUCUAUGGCAAUGAGAAGGCAAUUGGACGUGUUCUCAAGCGCUGGCUGGAUGAGGGCAAGGUUAAACGGGAGGACUUGUAUAUUGUGACCAAAUUGCCACCCAUCGCCAACCGUCCGCACGAAGUGGAGCCUACAAUUAGGGCAUCGCUGUCGGACUUACAGCUGGAUUAUGUGGACAUGUAUUUAAUUCACACGCCAUUCACCGUCUUUAUUAAUGAGGAUGGGAGUUUUCAGUUUGACGCCGAAGGUCGCGUUAAGGUUGACAAGUCGACAAAUCAUAUCGCCACCUGGGCAGAAAUGGAGAAACUUGUGGAAUCGGGCCUGGCCAAAUCCAUUGGGGUUUCCAACUUUAGCAAGGAACAAGUGGCGCGCCUCUUGAACAACUGCAAAAUUCGUCCGGCCAACAAUCAGAUCGAACAUCAUGUUUAUCUGCAACAACGUGAUCUGGUCGACUAUUGCAAGGCGGAGAAUGUGGCAAUUACGGCGUAUUCGCCACUUGGCUCCAAGGGCAUUGCCAAGUUCAAUGAGGCGGCCGGUUUGGUCCGUGAGCUGCCCGAUCUGAUGGACAUAGAGGAGGUCAAAGAAAUUGCCACGGCUCACGGCAAGACCCCAGCCCAAGUGCUGCUGCGCUGGAUCAUCGACAAUGACUUGGUGGCCAUUCCAAAGAGUACAAAUGCCGUACGCUUGAAGCAGAAUCUGGAUGUCUUUGACUUUGAGCUGAGCGCUGAGGAGGUGGAGAAACUCUCCGCCAUGGACAAAAACAUUCGCAUUUGUGACUUUUCCUUCUUUCGCGGUGUCGAACAGCAUCCAGAAUUCACCUUCAAAAAUCAAUUCACCGACUAAGUACAAACAGUUGCACUUAGUUCAAGCACAAUCGGGUUUUUUUUUAUUUUGAUUUCCUAACAGAAUAAAUAAUGCAGAACAUCUAA